AUGUCUUUCAGGAGCAUGGUCCGGGAGAUGAAGGGCGAGGUGGACGCCAUCGCCCGGCGCCGGCCGCUGCCGCCGUCGGCGCGCGGCGUCCGGCGGGUGGCGGCGGUGGCCUCGGUGGCGCUGCCGGAGGAGGCCGCGCGGCAGGGGUGGUGCUGGGCGGAGCUGCCGCCGGAGCUCCUGCGGGAGGUGCUGGCGCGGGUCGAGGCGUCGGAGCCCCGGUGGCCGCGCCGCCGCGACGUGGUGGCGUGCGCCGGUGUCUGCCGGACCUGGAGGGGCGUCGUCAGGGAGAUCGUCCGCGUUCCCGAGGUGUCCGGGCGGCUCACCUUCCCCAUCUCUCUCAAGCAGCCUGGACCAAGAGAUGCUCCCAUCAAAUGUUUCAUUCGGAGGCACCGGGCUACUCAGACAUAUUUCCUCUACAUUGGACUGACUGAUGCACUAGCUGAUGCUGGGAAGUUCCUACUUGCUGCACGCAAAUACCAUAGGCCUACAUGCACCGAAUAUCUAAUUUCACUUGACAAGACUGAUAUGUCGAAGGGGAGUCAGACCUGCGUUGGCAAGUUAAGAUCGAAUUUCUUGAGAACGAAGUUUACUGUCUAUGAUGCGCAUCCACCUCAUGCUGGACCUGUGGUUCCAAAGAGAUGGCCUGCUGGCGACUACCCAGUUAUACAAAUUAAUUAUGAAGUGAAUGUUUUGGGAUCUAGGGGCCCAAGAAGGAUGAACUGUAUCAUGGAUUCUAUCCCUGUAUCAGCAAUUGAACAAGGAGGCACAGCUCCAACGCAGACCGCGUUUCCUUUCUUCAAUCCCAAAUCAUCUCGAAUGGAUAGCUCAAUUACCCCAUUAUCCAGUCAAGUGGAAAGUAAGCUGGUGCUUAAGAACAAGUCCCCCAGGUGGCACGAACAUCUGCGGUGCUGGUGCCUCAACUUCCACGGACGGGUGACGGUUGCCUCAGUGAAAAACUUUCAGCUGGUGGCUUCAGAUGAGAGUGCUCCAGCUAACGAGGAGAACGACGACACCACCCUCCAGUUUGGUAAGAUUGGGAAGGACUUGUUCACACUCGACUACCGUUACCCGGUAUCGGCGUUUCAGGCGUUUGCGAUCUGUCUCAGCAGCUUCGACACCAAAUUAGCACGCGAAUGA